AUGGCAUUGGCGCUGUGGCGGUGGUUGACCUCGCAGUCGGAGGAGGACCGUGGACAUCUGGCUUCAGUGACUGGAGUACGUUUGGCAUCGGAGCUGUAUAACCGCGUCACUGGACAGGACCAGAUCGAAGCUUUCAAAAAAGAGUGCAUUGUGGGCAUCGCAGACUUCAUUAAACAGAAUCCUGGAGCCACAGAAGCACAGCUCAACUCAGAGCUGGAGAAGAGAGUCCUGGUGUUCGCUGCCCGAGUGCAGACGUUGUGA